CUGGGUGUGAGCAUGCUCAGUAGAAGUCACCAACGGUUAGUCUCGUGCUCAAGACCACAGUGGUGCCUGUCGGACUGUGCUGACGCAUUUGCUGAAAAGUUAAUGAUUUCAUCGCAUGUCGAAUAAUAAGAAGUGCUUGUGACAACUGCCUUGAGGGCUCUUCACAGCUGCUUUGUCAGUGCGGGCUGGAGUACACUGGAGAUGCAGUGGACCUGUAAGCAGUGUAUUUUUUCUACAGACAAAAGAGGACAGUUGUUGAAACACUAUCGCCUAAAACAUGGAGGCUUUACUCGGCAACAACCAAUACCAUGUCUUCAUCACGAUUGCUUAUGCACCUUCCCACUGCGGAGACGGGAGAUUGUGGAGGCUGAACUUCCAGUGAAAACCCUGAAGGAGCGCUGGCCAGCCCUUUUUACAGAAAGACAAGUGUUUGCUGAGUUCAACAGGAUAGCUGCGACUAACUUGAAUAGUGACUUUUUUGGUGCUAUGGACCGCUACACACCACGCUUUCUUGCAAUUUUCAAGUCCAAGAAAGGAAGUGUUGGAGAGAAACUGGCUGAAAUUGUGCAACAAAUUGAUUCAAGGAAACCAGAUGUGACAGCAGUGCGUACCCUUGUUCUCCAAGGCAUCUCUGUUCUGCUUGGUGAUGACUCCAGUACAUUCUACAGCACCUGCUUUGAUUCUGACAGUAAUGAGGCCUGGGCUCAGGUAUCUGUAGGGUUGCUGACUGUCAUCAGUGAAGAUGCGCCCCUCUCUCCAAAUCAUCUCCAUCUUGACCCGGUGUCUACUGCCAUCAUUCUGGAAGGAGGUAUUGUAAUGGACAAUCUCGAGAACCUACCUCAAGCACUUUGCCUCUUGUUUGGACUCUCAUAUGCGCUACACUUGGACUACCCAAAACCAAUGAAAAACACGUUUGGUUUUAUUCAACGAGUGAUGCUUGGCCUGGGAGAGAACAAACUCCCCCCCAAACUUCAAAGUCUUAAAAAUCUCCUGUUGAGUUAGAAUGGUAAAAUUCAAGAGUGACAUUUGGCAUACAAUCUCAUUUCUUUAUGAAAGUGGGUCCAGUUGCUUUUAAUUGUUAAAGGAACACGCCGACUUUUUGGGACUUUAGCUUAUUCACCGUAUCCC